AAGAUGGUGAAAUUGUUUCUCUCUCUCCACUUCUUUCUUGGGUCUCAUGGUACAGCCUGUGCUGUUGCAGAAAGUUGUUGGUACACAAAUGGGUGUGAUACUGGCUGUUGGUUCUUUUAUUGGAUUCUUCACCUUUGUAACACCAUUAAUCAUUCACUGGAUCACAAAGAAGUAUGUGACUAGUUUGGAGUAUGACCCCAAGAGGGAUAUAUAUUCAGCCACCACUCUAUCGUUCUUCCUGAGGCAGAAAAAGAUUCACUUCAGCGCUGAUGAUGUGGCAGUACCAGAAGUUCCGGGGAUGUUUACUACAUUCUACUGUUAAAAUAAACCAUUAUUUGUUGAUCCAAGCAUGUUUGAAGAGCUUGAGCAUUAUGGACGUUAUGGAUAUGAUAAACCAAUUAACUUUCAUCUUGAGGAUCCACAGAAGAAAGAGCGACACAGUUAAAGAAGUGAAUAAUGGCUGUAAGUGAACUCGUAAUCAGACUUUUAUUAUAAAUGUAGAUAUAUUUUGUGUUUUUUUUAAACACAUUUUUCAGAUUUGUCUACUGUAUUGAAGUUAUACAGUGAAAUAUAUUAAUGAAUGUCUGUACAUAAAUUUUGGUAUGAUUAAAGUUAAAAAUAAA